UCACAUGGAGACAACAUGGAUGCUUCAGAGUUGCUGCAGAUGAAAAUACUUUCUGUGGCUUCGUUAGCUUCGUUAUGAGCAGCUGUUGAUGUUGUUUCCUCUCCGCUCUGGUUGUUUAUAGAGAAGAAAAACAGUAAAUGCUUCAUGAGAAUAAAAGACUGACAGCUCUGCCGGUUGUUGGACCACAGGUGGUGUGUGUGUGUGUGUUUAUGUAUGUGUGUGUGUGUGUGUGAGGGAGAGAGUACCUGCUGACGGGCUGCAUCAUGUUCGUGUUGGUGGAGAUGGUCGACACGGUCAGGAUCCCUCCGUGGAACUUCCAGAGACAACUGAACGAAGCUAUCGCCGAGGAGCUCAACAAGAAACUGGCCAACAAGGUGGUUUACAAUGUUGGCCUCUGCAUCUGCUUGUACGACAUCACUAAACUGGAGGAUUCCUAUAUAUUCCCGGGGGACGGAGCCUCGCACACCAAAGUUCAUUUCAGGUAUGUUGUUUUUCACCCCUUCCUCGACGAGAUCCUGGUCGGCAAGAUCAAGUACUGCAGUCAGGAGGGAGUUCACGUCACAAUGGGCUUCUUUGAUGACAUCCUCAUUCCCCCAGAGUCACUUCAACAGCCGGCAAAGUUUGACGAAGCAGAGCAGGUCUGGCUGUGGGAGUAUGAGACGGACGAGGGGGCCCAUGACCUCUACAUGGACCAAGGGGAGGAGAUCCGUUUUCGGGUGACAGACGAAGUGUUUGUGGAUACGUCGCCGACGGGCCCGGCCACCGCAACCACGGACACACCGACUCAACCGGGACAGUCCACGGCGCCGCCGCCAGCAGAGGACAGCAGGGAGAAGAAAGAGCCACCGUUCACUCUGAUUGGGACCAUCUGUGAGCCGGGGCUGGGGCUGCUGUCAUGGUGGAACAGUUAGCUCUUGGUGUUGAGCUGUGUUGGGAACAGACGGACCAUCAGGACCGAUCCAUCCGGAGACACAGAAACCUUUUUGUCUCAGCACAGAAGUCACGGGACAAAGUGGAGCUGCUCUCUGAACCAAGACGCCGUCGGUGUCGAAGUGACUGAUGUAACCUCUGAUUGUUUAGGAAACACAAUACCAGCUUCAUGUUCACAUGUAAAACUGACCUUAAAUUUAAUAAGAGAGAGGUGGAAGAACUUUCACAUUCAGCUGAUGCAUUUCACACGAGAGUUUGACCCUCAAAUGAAAAGAACAGAAGCAGGAAGUCAUUAAAGGGGCAGUUCAGGUGUUUUAACGUGGGGUUGUGUGAGGCAGUCAUAUACAGUCAGUGCAUUACCUGCAGUAAACUGCUGUAGGUACCUCACACAACCCCACGUCAACACACCUGAACUGUCCCUUUAAAUAUUUGAACCAAUGUUGUAAUGACUUCAGUGUGAUGGACCGACGUACACAGAUCACUAGAUCUGACUUUAAUGGCUCACAGUAGGUUCUGUUUAAAACUCUGUCAUGAUGAAUAAAUGUUUUGCCUGCUGAUAUGAGAACUUGUAUGAACACUGUGUUUAAAGGUGAGAGAAAUAAAGCAGUGACAUUUUU